UUGGCAUCAGACUGGUGCGUGUGUGUGUGCGCGCGCCGACCUGGUUCCAGCGACGAGCUACCCGAAAGCCAGCUGUUUGCAACGAAUAGAUUUCUGGCAAAAGCCGCCGGUCCUGCACGCAUUUACCCCCUGUUUCAGGCUGUGGUCGUAGCCUUAUAUUUUACCGUCAAAAUGAGUCAGGAUGUGAUGGGGUGCUGUCCUGCUAUCGCUAGCUAGGCGGACAAAUUCCUUCAACCAGCUUUGCUGUUUCAAUCACUGCGGGUUGACACAACAUUAGCUAGCUGAGGCGUUGUUAAGUGAGCUAGCGGGCUAGCAAGGCAGCGUUCGUAGUCGUUACGUGCAAGUUAGCCAGUGUUAGCUAAUGUAGUUACUUAGCAAACGGACGCAUUGCUGCGGCGUGGAUAGUGCAAUAACGGUGAUCACUAGCUUAACUAGCAAGGACUACUACUUUUUCUAGCGUAAACUAGGAAGCUAACGUUGGGGCAACUGCGCCGAUUCUAACUGUUACGGGUUUGGAUGUCGCGACACUGCAAUUUUGAAACACUUUUUUUUUGCGGACUGUGAAGAUAUAAUUGGACCACAGUGACAGACGAAAGGGUAGAAUUGGACCAGCAAGUGACAGAGGGGGUUAAUGGUUUAAAGCAGGUAUUAAGUGGCUAAUCUGUGACAGCCGCAGUAACGUUAAUUUUAACAAUAUCUGGCAGAGCAUCUCUGGGAGGCCCCGCUGUCUCCUCACUCCCUCCCCUGUCCGAAUCUCCCGUGAUCUGCCGAGAAUACACGGGUGAAGUCGCAGUUGCUCUCGGCUGGGGGGACAACUUGACAGCGAGGCCCCUACUUAGUCUCCCCUCCCCCAGUCCCAUCCACCCAUCUGUCCAGUCCGACAGACCACCUCCUCCGCCUGACAUCGAAGCGAGUACCGGGGAUUCGGGAUAAACUGAAACCGUGGGCGAGUGUUGCCGGGUCCCGUUUAAACCGGGCUGCCAAAACCAGAGGGGAUGACUUUGGAGUCCAUGAUGGCUUGUUGCCUGAGCGAAGAGGCGAAGGAGUCGAAACGAAUCAAUGCAGAAAUUGACAAACAACUCCGCCGAGACAAGCGAGACUCCAGGAGGGAGCUCAAAUUACUACUUCUCGGUACAGGAGAAAGUGGCAAGAGCACCUUCAUCAAGCAGAUGAGGAUCAUUCAUGGAGCCGGGUACUCAGACGAGGAUAAGAGGGGCUUCAUCCGGCUUGUUUACCAAAACAUCUUCACCUCCAUGCAGUCCAUGAUCCGCGCCACUGAGACCCUUAAGAUCCCCUACAAAUUUGAACAGAAUCGGUCUAACGCCAUGCUUGUGAAGGAGGUGGACAUCGAGAAGAUCAAUGGGUUUGACCAUCCCUACAUUGUGGCUAUAAAAAGCCUGUGGGCUGACCCAGGGAUCCAAGAGGCCUAUGACCGCCGCAGAGAGUACCAGCUCUCUGACUCCACUAAAUAUUAUCUUUCCGAUCUGGAUCGUAUUGCAGAUUCCAACUAUCUUCCCACUCAGCAGGAUGUGCUCAGGGUGCGCAUCCCCACUACAGGAAUCAUAGAGUACCCAUUCGACUUGCAAAGCAUCAUUUUCAGGAUGGUGGAUGUAGGGGGUCAGCGGUCAGAGAGGAGGAAGUGGAUUCACUGCUUUGAGAAUGUCACCUCCAUUAUGUUUCUGGUGGCACUGAGUGAGUACGACCAGGUUCUCGUGGAGUCAGACAACGAGAACCGUAUGGAGGAGAGUAAAGCUCUGUUCAGGACUAUCAUUACGUACCCCUGGUUUCAAAACUCCUCUGUUAUCCUCUUCCUCAACAAGAAGGACCUACUAGAGGAGAAGAUUGCCUACUCACACUUGGUGGACUAUUUCCCUGAGUUUGAUGGUCCCCAGAGAGAUGCACAGGCAGCGCGGGAGUUCAUCCUCAAGAUGUUUGUGGACUUAAACCCAGACAGCGACAAGAUCAUCUACUCUCACUUCACUUGUGCCACGGACACUGAGAACAUCCGCUUUGUGUUUGCAGCUGUCAAAGACACCAUCCUACAGCUCAAUCUCAAAGAGUACAAUCUGGUGUGAGGGCUCACGUAUGACGCACAUCUCCCCAUUGCACAAAUGCGCACUUCUUUUCGGAGCGUGCACUCAACUACACAUGCAUAACACAGCGCCACACACACACACACACACACACACACACACACACACACACACACACACACACACACACACACACACACACACACACACACACACACAAAAACAGAACCCUUAUUUUUUACAGUACAUUCACAAAUCCUCCCACCUCCAAACGCCACCCCUUGUCUUUCACCAAAGCUCGCCCUCUUCCUCCUCCACUCGGCAGCUUAAGUCCUUGCUCCUCCCAAAGCUGCUCCAUGUGUCAGAUUUGGCCCUGGCUGCUGGCUCUGGCACAUUUCAUCUGGCACACAAACCUUUCACACAGGCUGUACAGUGACUGAAGGGGAGUUUGGUUUCUUUGUGUGUCUGUGUGUGUGUGCGAGUAUUUGGAGCAGCAUUGACUAGUGAGGAGCUAUGUUAUGGUGAAUAGCGCCAUCAAACCCCUUUUGGUCCUCGGGAGUUGACCCUCACCGGUGUUAGAUCAGAUCCUCUGUCGUUUCCUUUCUGAGCUCCUUUCUGGUGUGGAGGGAAGUGAAUACUGUACCUCCUGAAACCAACCAAGGACCAGUGAGUGGCAUAAAGCUUCUUGGAACAGAGUGACAUGGACAGGAAAAGCGGUCGUACACCGGACACAAGGGGACCGGGCUGAGGAUUCUGUCUUCACCUCGCAUCUAUGAAUGUACCCACCAGUGUGAGCAUCGCAAUCGCAAAAAAAAUAUAUAUUAUGAAGUAAAUGCAUAUGUACACACUUAAGACAAAAAGCACGAGAGGACAAGACCUAGCUAAUCAAAAUCUAUUCGUUGAGAUUUUUUAAAUGUUUUUAAUUAUAGAAAUUUGUUGCUACAUCUACUUCUAUUUAACAAAUAAUGGCUAAAAGGAAUGGUGAUCAGUGGUAAGAAAAUCUAUAAAAACAAAACAAAGACAUCUAAAAAAGAAGCAACCAGUAAUUUACUUUGACAUAAGUAUCCUUAAAGAUUUCUGUGGAAUUUGUUUUAUGUUUCGCUUCCCUCCUCCAGAUGUGUUCUGUAUGGAUUUACAGGGACAAUCUUCCAUGUGCUCCAUCACAGCAUCUGGCACCCCCACACCCUUAUUACAAAAACACUAGUAGCGGGUGAGAGGACCCCGCUUUCGACACAGGCCCUACUCUCAUUGGUGGAGGCGAAUGUGGAGGGGAGGGGAAUGUCAUCAGUGUUCAUAAGCCCAUAGGGCACAUCUGCAGCUCGGGCUGCAAGUAGCUUAUUCAACAAAAUAAAAGCUGUAAAUGAAAUAUGCCAACACCCUGAGGUGUGAUUGGAAUCCAUGCGGUAACAUCUCUGACGUCACACCUGCGUCACUCGACCGUCCAAUCAGACACACUUCCUGACGGUGACGCGGUCAUCAAUUCAGGAUGUGCUUCUGUUUUUUUUGUUUAGUUUUUUCUUUGUUUAUAUAAAGAUCGCUUGCAGUUGGGGGGGGGCAAUGAACCUUUCACAGAAAACGCACUCUGAAGUCUGCAAACGCUGUUUGUGUAUAUUUGUUUGUAAAUACAUAUACACAAAACACUCCUGUACAAAAACGCUCUGUGGUACACCAUAUUUGGCAAAAAACAAAUGAAAAAAACAACAAAAAAAGUAUCAACUUCUUUCAUUAGCAUACAUUUUUUUUCCUAUGAAUUUAUGGUAGUAGUGAUACUGUGAUUAUGGAUUUUGUUCAAAUGAGUAAUAGGACUACACAGAGCUGAGUGGGGUUGAGGAAACAAUCGGCAAGGAGCAAUAGUCAGAGAAAAGAGUUUCCUCCUAACCAGCCUCAUGACUCCACACUACUGCAACAGCUCUGGCUCCUAAGUAUACUAAGUAGGGCUGGUUUAAAAAAAAAUCUUCACAGUAUGAUGAUAAGAGGAUUUUAAGAGUAAUUAAAAGAUUUUUUUAUUUAUCUAAUUUAUGGACCAGAUUUGAAGUUGUUGAUAAUUUGACUGAUUUUGAUUCUGUCAUGUUGAAGUGCUCCUUUUAUCAUGGCGGAGCCUACUUGAGUCUGAACUGCUGUAAAAAUAACAAAAAACUAAAAAAAAAAAAAAAAACUUAACAAAAUACGAAUGUCUGGUAUAGUAAGGACUUUAUCUCUGCUUUCUAUUUCUUAUUGAGACAUUUCCAGUUGUACUUGCCAUCACAUUUCCAUCCAUGAUAAUACUGUUUGGUUUUCUUUAGGAGCCCUCACAUUUGUUUCAUUUUAAUUUUUUAAAAAGAAAAAAAACUUGUAUUUCCUCUUGGUUUAUAGAUGCAGCGCUAUAAUGCAUACCUAGAAAAAUGUACAGUACGAACGUAGGUGGACUUUUUAAAUCAGUGAUUGAAGACCCACGCGGUCCAUGCUUGCUGUUCGUAAUUUAACACACAAAUUCUGUUGUUGGUUUUUUGCAUUGUUAAUUUCCAGUUUUUGAGGCUUGCUUUGAUAGUGCCAGUGAAGUGCAGAUAUACUUUUUUUUGGGUCUUUGACCUUUUUCAACAGGUGACUUAUCCUUCAUCGUCAUUAAGGGCUAGCACAGUGCAUCAGACAGCGGCGAGUGCAGGACCACAGUGAACCAAGUCAUCCACUACUAAUCCUUGUUGAGACUGGUAUGUGUAUGUGCUAUAACAAGUAUAGGAAAGGCAUUAAUGCAAAACAUAAGGUGUGUGUAGAGAGUUUUCCAACACUAAGCAGUUUUCUUUAUGUAAUUCUUUAUAUAUCUGGCCCUUUUUGUGAAUUAAGUGGACCCAGUAUCUGAGAUUCUGACCUCCGUAUGACCUCAGUAUAGAAACAUUUAUCACUAAAGACACUACUACCAGGAUGAGUACUGCAUGCGUCCCCAAGUAUUUGACUUGUAGCUGAUAGCCAUAAAAAUCUUAAUGACCAUGCUUGUGGCUUUGCAUGUUUUCACCCAUUAACUACAAAUACACUUUGUUUACCUUUUUUCCAGUUUAUAAAUUGAUUCCCUACUUUGCAUGCAGCUAUUGGUUUCUGUUCAUGCCAGUAAGGUUUGAAAAGUAACUUGCAGAGUCUAACCUGGAUUCUGAAAGAGAAUUCACACCACAGUACACAUUUAGUCACCUUUUUUUAUUUUUUUUUUUGUCAAGCUUGCAUUAUAGUGUGAUAGUUACAGUGGUACUUAGUGGGCAGGAGCUCCCUUGCAUUCAAAAGCUGUCAUAAAAUCAAACUAAGAGGACAAACAUGUAAUGUAAAGGACAAUGUGAAUUACAAUAUUACUAAUACUAGCACGCUUUUCUUUUUUUGUCUAAAUUUACAAUCGGUAUACCACAAUACGUGGAACUUUUUUGGAAUAAUUACAAUGUUGGGUAAGGCGAGACCAGGGACAGCUGGGGCACAGUUGGAGGUACUUUGUAACUGAUGGAGGAAACACUAAAUUUCAUAAUGACACUGACAAAGAAACUAGUUAAUGUGGAAAAACACAGUUUCUUGUCCCUUUUUAAAGUUGAUUUUCUUAGAUGAACACAAACCAAAAGCUGCCAAAAAGAUAGGGAGUCAAUCUAAAAACGGAAGUGAUGUUUCAAAAAUGGUAAGCAGUGAGGAAAGGUUUGAACACUUGCUAAGCUGACGGGGCUAAAACAUGUAUUUUGUAAAUCGCCAAUGUAGUCCUUAACUGCCAUUUUGUCUGCUGAAAAUGACACUAACUUUGAGCGGAAGAAGCAGACAGCCAUCAGUUAGACUGCUGUCAUAAAGAGGGUCUGGACGCCAGUAUUUAAGUGGAACAAUGAACCCGUGGAUAACCAAGUAUUUAUCAGUUUUGCAGUCAUAGUUGUGUUAAGAUUUAACUCUGUGUUGAGUGCAGCUCACUUUAAUAGUGACAAACCAUGUUGUAUUAUUAGACUUGACACUACAACUCUGGCACAUGGUGACGGGCUGUUUAGUGUGCGUUUGGGCAGUGCAAUGUUGCACAGUGUGUUUUUGACACAUUUAAUCUCAACAUAUAUGAGCUGGAAAGAGGGAAGGGCAGUCUGUGGGGAAACCUCAGUCUCCUUUCAUUCUUGUCUGUUUCGGGCAGUGAUCAGUAGAAAGGCUGGGUUGUUGUUGUUGUUGUUUCACUACAACACACACUUAUUUAUUGCCUUGAAUAGUGAAAGAUGGUGUUGCGGGCCCUUUACGGUUUUCAGAGCUCUGCUCUGUGACCUUCAUGGAGGCCGUGGUUGUGUGACGUCUCCUCCUGUGGGUUUGUUGGAAUAAGUGGAAUCAAACUUAUCUUUUAGACAUUGGCUUGGAGUCAGUGCAUAUUCCAAACUUAAAUCCUCUUCCCUUUUUGUUUUUUUUUUGUUUUUUUUUUUUUAAUUUUUUUUAUUUCCUGUAUGAUAAGAAAACAUUACCAGAACACUAUUAUUUAGGACCACUUGAUUUUAUUUUUCCUCACUCCAAUGAAACCUGAAGGUCAGUUGUGUAGUGGUGUAUAAAAUGCUGUUUUUUUCUUGUCUUUAUUUUGUAUGUAAACCAAAUGUAAAUGAUGUAUUAUACUGAGUGUGCCAACCCCGCUCUCUCUAAGUGCCAACGCUGUGGUCAUCAUCAAAGGACCACCUGAGAUGGUCCUCCUUUUUAAAUAAAACAUGCCGGAGACUAAAAGGAUAGAUGAUUAAGUACACACAAAGACUUUAUUCUGUAUUUAAGAUUGAAGAUUUAAAGGAUAACCUGCUGUUUUUUAAGAAACUGUAAUUAUAAUUGCAUGUGCUGUUUAUUUUGUGUUGGAAGUGAGGGCUUUGAUGUUUUCAUUGAAGCAGAGCCCUUGAUGAAGGGGGUUCAAUCAGUUGGUUAUCGAUUAUUGAUUUACAUAACUCUUGCCAUAUUUUUUUAUGUUUCAUGUAUUUGUUUCAACCACUGUUGCCUGAUCCUCAUUCAAACAUGAACAUGACUUAUGAUCAUUGCCGCCUUCUAAGAGAGAAACAUAAUGACAAGGUAUCUGUUUUAAAUUGAAAUAAAUUUGUUCCUAUACUUGC